AUGUACGGUGUAGUGGCGGGGCAGAAGCGGGGCACCAACAGGACUAAACAGCUUCGAGAUCAGAAUGCAGAAGAAAAGGACUCGGAAAAGUGCGGCCUCACUGAGAAGCUAAUGCAGUACCUCAAGAGAAGGUUCAACCCUCCCGCAGGUGAGUUCAUUCCAUCUUUUGACGUGCAGGCUGUACAGUUAGUUAUAAAACAACCUUUUCAAUAG